AUGCUGAGCGAGGACUUUGAGAAUUGGCCGGGGUUCGACAGCCACGACGCCUUUGAUGACAGUGGCUUGGGCUUGGAGGAGCAGGAGAAGCGCGACCAUUUCCCCGGCGACGAGAAGCACGGCGACGACAUGGACGGCGACAGAUGGCUCGGCCAACACAGCUCUGGGAGCGACGAGAGCGACGACCCAUAUUCGUCUGCAGCCCUGAGCAGACGCGCCGAAAUCAUUCUGGCCAAUGCAAAGAACGCAUCGAACAAGCGAGCUUCGAGCGCGUUUGGUCAUAACAGCGGUCCAUGGUCGCCUGAAGGUUUUGGCCAGGGGCGCUUCCCGAUCAAGGAAUCGCGUAGCUUUGAAGUAAUGCGCAAUCCACGUGAUGUGCCAGUUCGCGCUGAGCCGCAGUAUCCUGUUCGAACUACAUCGCGAAACUCGAGAUCCCCGCCUCUUCUGGAAACACUGCAAGAAGACGACGAUGACGAGGAGAAGAGAGUACACCGAUCAGCCUCAGCAGCAAGCGGACUGCGCGACCAGAUGAACGACCUGAAAGGCCGAAUCUCAAGCCUGAAGCUGAGGGCACAAGAAGACCAAUUGCGGCGACGAAGUAUGCAAAGCCUCCGCUCGAGUCCCUUCACGAAUGCGCAAGAGUGGUACUCUGGUUCGGAUACAUACAAUGCUGGAGGAGCACCUGUCUCAGCAAAUGCGGGACUGGGCAUUCAAACAGAAUCUCUGACGCGCCAGGCCUUGUUCGAAGAGGGUCAACGCAGGUCACACACUCCGGAGACUACGUUGUCUCAAAGAGAAGGAGAGAAGAUGGUCAAUCACGAGACCGAGGGGCACAGCGGCCAGGGCAACGGACACUCAGGGUCGUCUUACUACAACGAUGCAGACGACUUCGAUGAUCUGGAGUCGUACGACGACGAGAAGGACUUUGACGAAGCACAACAAGGAGAGUUCGAGUCGAUAGACGAGGAAGAUCUUGAGCCCAGCGGUGAGAGCGUUUACGAGGAUGCAGUCUACGAGAUGGCUGCCACAGAGCGCCACGAAGACCGCGUGGAUGCGUUCGAUUACGAGCACUUCUUUCUCCACAGCGCCAUGGGCACGUACAGUAUCGAAGGCCGUCGUUCCAGCGUCCAGGAAGAUGAUGAAACCAGUGAUGCCGAGAAGCGGCUGUCUCUUCAUGGCCGCUCGCAAAGCUCAGACUCGAUUUCGACAGUCGCAUCCUUUGCCACGGCCGCGGAGAAUCAGUCCGACGAUGAAGAGGAGAACGAACAGAUGGACCAAUUCUCCGAGCAGAUUCUCGCACAGCAGCAACCCAGGGCAUCAUCACGACCAGCUACCUCCAACAGCCACAUGUCGCUUCGUUCCGACUCUGCCAUCAACAUGCGCCGUAGUCCUGGCUUCUCCCCGCCGCAAACGUCAAUCGCCCGAGGAUCUGCUUCGCCAGCUGACCUCGCAAGCGGCCUUCAAGUGUCCAAGAUCUUCUCCAUCCUUACCGAAUCGACUUCUCCCGGCCGCGAGGAGCCACGCCUCGCACUGAGCGAGGAGGAGAAGCAGCUCAUUUAUAGCCUCGCAUCGAGCUUCCAGCAAGUCUGCUCGAACCUGCAGCACACGUACAGCGAGCAAUACGACCGCAAAGCGUGGCGGCGUCGUCUUGACGACGCAAGAAGAGCACUUGAUGGAGAGACCGAGGACGAUGAUUCAUUCUAA